AUGAAUCGGCUGCGAGUGUUCAACUUUAUGCUGUUUGCAUUCUGCUUUUUAUGCACCUUUCGCCAGUUGGAGAGUACCUGCGUGCUAGAUUCCGACUUUGGAUUCAUACUCAAUUGUGCCUUCAAAAAGUCCGGCCUGUUUCGAGUGCGGAAUCUCGGGGGCGUCAAGGCGACCUUCGGGUUAGGUCUGAGCGUAGGUGACGAACUUGGUCUAGCCGAGUCGCUGGGAAACGUCGAAGGCAGCAAACGGCGAGCGCUGAACGUUCGGACCAAUGUCAACAACAUCGGAGUGCUGCCCGCAGCCAAAAUGCCGUCCUCCUAUUCACCUCCGAUUCAGCAAAGUCGACCACAAGCUCUCACUGUCCGUCCAAUGCUGAAACUUGCUCCAAACACAAUUGCGGCUCCCCAGCGGCCCACAACCGGAACACCAACGUACGUGUCGCCGGCAUCGAACUUGAUGACGAAGGCGACUUCUUUGCCACUGGGUGUACCCGCCUUUAAGCCUCUUCCCAAAUCCGACCCCGAACCGGUGAGAUAUAACCCUCCCAUGUUACCGACCAGUUUCUCCCUCAAAACUCCUCAAACGCCCGAUAUUUCCUUUCAGAAUCAACUUAUGAACCAGACCUCCUCCUUUCACCGUCCGUCCCGAAUAACUGCUACCGCUCCCAACCAGCAUGUCAUCUACAAGGAUGCCUCCAUCCAGGUCCAGCAGGUUCCGGCCUUCCAUGCGAUGCCCGACUCCGUGUCCCGUAUCUCCACCGGUCCGGUCAUUCAAAUCGAUAACAAACUGUCAGAGCCUGCGAUAAAGAACUCAAUCGUGACCAUCCCACCGCGGCACGACGUUGUCAAGGGAACGACCGUUGUAGACGGUGUUGAUCUGAUGGGCCACACCGUGGAAGAGCUGGCCGCUGCUGCCAACGUCAGCGUGGAGGUCAUUCGGGAAGCGAUUCGCGUUCGCAAGCAGGAAAUCAUCGCCCAACAGCAGCAGCAAAAACAGCAGGCCCAAAUCGUGCAGGCACAGAUCCUGGCCGCUCAGCAGGCAACCUCAACGUCGACAUCGACCACAACGACGACGUCCACCACUCCACGACCACGACGCUACCCGACGCGAUCUGGGCAUAAGGUUAUGAACGCGCCCAAGGAAUACUACCCGGUGGGUUAUGACAAGAACUUUGACGAUAACUUUACCUCCAAGGUGGACCUACCGUACACGACAUUCAACUGUGGCGAGCAGAAGCAUUUCCCCGGCUUGUACGGCGAUGAAGAUCUUGGCUGUAUGGUCUUCCACGUGUGCGCCCUGACCGACGACGGUCUGAUCAUGAAGUCGUUCCUCUGCCCGGAGAGUACCCUCUUCGACCAGACCAUCCUGAAGUGCAACUGGUGGUUCUACGUAGACUGCAAAAACAGUAAGACACUGUACGACUCGAACCUACCGGUAUCGAAAAGCUACCAGCUGAUGAAGGCACUGUCCUUCUUUUCGGCCAACUACAAAAACCCCACGUCGGUGGAAUCCGUCGAUCUCGAAGCGCUGAAAAAUAGUGUCAUAGGCAGCGGCAGCAGCAGCACCACCACGGCGGCUUCUCCGAUCGCUGCCGCCGCUAGCGGACGGUCUUCUGUACGGGCCACAACAGCAAGGGGUCCAUCCUCUUCCUCCUCCUCCUCAGGAUCGGCAGCGAAAGUGGAAAUACACGGAAAAUCUUCCUCCUCGGUGCAAUCGACGGUGACAAACAAUUAA